GUGAGCUGCGGGGGAAAAGGACAGGAAUCCUUUAUAGAACAGGAAGCAAAUCUCUCUCUCUCACACACACACACACACACACAGUACACAUACACAUGCAUACACACAAAUACAUGCAUGUACACACAUACACACAUAGAAACACACACAUACACAUGCAUACAUAGACAUAUACAAACACAUACAUGCGUACACACACACACACAAACACAUACACACACAAACACAUACACACACAAACACACAUGUACAGUACACAGGUUCUAAUAACCACGUAAAUUCUGGUGUGUUGGAGACGCCUCGUGUUUCUGCAUUAAUAAAACACGACCUUGUGACUGUGUGUUUAAUUAUAAAUAUCCUCCUGUCAGUGAUACACACGGCAUCCUGAUCUCUCUCCUGUCUCACUGCCUUUAUGAGCUUCUCUAAACACUGCGUUUACAAACCACACGCUCAGUAAACACACCUAUUAUCUGCCUGAGUCACUGCAGCUGCUUGUCAGAGAAAGUCUGCUUUAACCAUCAACUCCCUCCUGCCUUCAUUUAAACAUCACACAUCAUAAAGCAGAGACAUCUGGAGCAUAUUCACUACAUCAUGCAGCGUCUUUAAAAACCUCGCACCAUGGAAACGAAGGCCCGCACACUCAGGUGUCUCACGGUGCAGUGUAUUUACAGUAAGCUCACAAGUAAGCCACACCCACAGCAAGCCAGCAGGUGAGCCUGAUCCACCAGGUACAUUUGCCUUCCAAAUCCUUCAGCGUUACAGCGAGUGAACAGCUGCUGUGUACAAACCUUCAGCGCAGGUUUCCCUGCAGACAUGAACUGGGCUUUUCUGGAGAGCGUUCUGAGCGGGGUGAAUAAAUACUCCACCGCCAUCGGUCGGAUUUGGCUCUCGGUGCUCUUCAUCUUCCGCAUCCUGGUAUUUGUGGCUGCUGCUGAAAACGUCUGGAAAGACGAGUCGAAGGAUUUUGUGUGUAACACCCAGCAGCCAGGGUGUGAGAACGUCUGUUAUGACCGGUUCUUUCCAGUGUCUCAGGCACGUCUGUGGGCUCUGCAGCUCAUCAUGGUGUCCACGCCAUCCCUGCUGGUGGCCCUGCACGUGGCUUAUCGGGAGCAACGUGAGAAAAAACAUGGGCGUAAACUUUACGAGGACAGAGGCAGUAUCGAUGGCGGCUUGCUGUUCACCUACCUCCUUAGCCUGGUCCUGAAGACGACCUUCGAGGUGGGAACGCUGCUCAUCUUCUACUUCGUGUAUAAUGGAUUUUCGGUUCCUCGCAUGUACCAGUGUGAGGAGAUUCCCUGUCCCAAUGUGGUGGACUGCUACAUCUCCAAAGCCACGGAGAAGAUGAUCUUCCUGUACAUCAUGGGCCUCACGUCUGUUCUGUGUGUGGUCCUGAACCUGACGGAGAUGAUCUACAUCCUGUCCAAGCAGUGCUGGAAGUGUUUCAGUAAGAGGUACAUCCCCAUAGAACAAAAGAGAACAUGUAGCUGCCACGCCCACUCCAGAUCCGUGCUUGCUCUCGGCUCACCCGGACCUAAAGGCGCAAAAUCUGCUAGCAAAGAGAAUGUUCAGCCAUCGCAGGCUCCGGAGGAAACUCUGACAUGAUUAACACACAACCUGUGGAAGUCCUAAACACUUCUGUUAUUGUUAUUCCAUGAAACAGGUUCUCCAGAAACCGAGAAAUUGGCAAAGACCCCACACAGUAAUGAACUCUAGUUUAAAAGCACUUAAAAUAAGCAGAAAAUAUCAUCAUGGAAAUUAAGGAGAUAAAUGCUAACAGACUAGCUACCAGAGAUUCACAUGAAUCUGUUUAGUGACCUGAGUCACAUUAAAUGAUUCGUUUAUUUGGCCCAAAUAUGCAGCCUGCUAAACAACGUGUGUGUAAAACUGUAAAAAUGUCACUGUAUAGUAUGUAAAGUAUCUCUGUUGAGGAAAAAAAAAAAACAUUUACACUCUCGUUCACACACAAUUCACUAAAACACUGGGAAUCCCCAGGGCUCACUGAACAGAGCUCAUGUAUUUGCCUGAUUUACUUGGGGGCAAAGCUGAUAAAUGACAUCAUUACCUUUCUAGUUGGUGGAAAAAGAUGUACAAUGGAAAUGUUUCCCUGCCUGAAACAGACUAGUUUGUCUUUUAUAUUUAAAAUGAGUGAAUAUUUAUAUUUCUAUUGAGUAAGUUUUAUUUAUUCAUAUUUAAUGUGCCUGUGAGUGUGUACAUGUGUAUGCUUUAUAUAUAACACA